CUCACUGACACCGUCUGAGCGCAGGAGCACCACGCCAAAAGAUCAGCUCAAAAACACUUCAUAACACACAGCUCCACUCAGCUCCGGUGUUUUUAUUCUGUGUUUUCUGGCGUGGAAUCAGAGAGGAGGAAGCGAGAGAGGGAGAAUCAUAUAAGCCGAAAGGAAAUGCCAAUCGCUACUACUGGUCAUUCAGCGUCUCGAGAGCCCCGCGUCUGUUCCCCGGACCCCGUUCCCAAGCGUGCUGAUUUAUGCGAGGACGCAGGGGCCCAGCCAGCGGAAUACGGGGGUUUGGAGGGGGGCCACAGCCUGGGCAGCACUAGACUCUCUGGAGCACUUGAAAGCUCCUCUGCUGCGUCUUUUUCCCCUCCCACUUCCCCUUUCCUCCUCCACCACCACCACCAUCAUCAUCAUCAUUACCCCCAUCCGGUUACUAUGGAACCCCCAAGGACUCGAUCACGGUCGCGGUCGGGAUUUUACCAUGGUGGAUUAUCUAACCCGAACGGUAAUUCUGGGAGUGGCGGUGGUGCGUUGAGUCCAGCUGGAGGAAUAAACCACCACCACCUCCAUCAUCACCACCACCAACAACAACAGCAAUUUGGAGCUCACGGUCACACGGAAAACCUGCGCCCACCCGGGAGCAUGCUUUCCCCAGGUGCCCACAGACACGCAGGGCCUGGAGCGCACAGGAACUCUGGAGCAGGUGCCAUGGGAGGAGUUUACCACUAUCAUUCAGAGCACGCGUGCGCAGAUGCCACUGACAAGACGGAGGAUUCUCCGAGUCCGAAGAGACAGCGUCUUUCCCAGCAGUCUGUUCUGGAGUUUACCUCGGCGCCUCCCUCCACACCCUCUCCACCAAUCAGACCAUGGGAGCUUCCGCCCAGUCGCAGGCCACACCCCUAUCCACACCCACACUACCAUCCUGAACGCUGCCACACACCUGCACGACACAGACGCAGUCCUCCAGUGCGGCGUCAGCGUGGCCGUCGAGACCGUCUGUCACGGCACCAUCCCCCUCACGGUUCUCCAGGUGGGGGGCAGGACGAAAACUACCGCCACCCUCCUCACCCGCAUUCUCUUCACCCCUACGGCCAGCCUCCAUCCCACCCUCCACCCGGUCUUGAUGAGCCCCGGGCCUUCCACCCCCCCACGCUCUCCCCACGACUACUCCACCCGCCGCAGCAGGGCGCCAUGGUCAUGGACCUCCACGAGCAGCUUCCUCAGGGUACGGUGCCAGUCUCAUAUACAGUUUCUCCAGUGCCGCCCCAUGGUCUGCCUGCUCCUCUCUGUACGGGACAGCAUCUCCCAGCAUGCUCUUCUCAACAGCAGGUGCCUGCCUGUUCUGUGGUGUUCAGCGGACAGCAACACUAUCCAAUCUGUAGCGUACCGCCUCCGAUGUUGCCGGCCUGUUCGGUGCAGCAUUUGCCAGUGCCGUACGCGUUUCCUUCUCUUCUGUCCAGUGAUCCACCCUUCCUGCUUCAUCCUCCACAUCUGUCACCACACCUUCCUACUCCGGGACAGUUCUUACCCUUCCAAGCGCAACAGUCCCGAUCUCCACUGCAGAGGAUAGAAAAUGAAGUGGAGUUGUUGGGGGAUCACCUGUCGGUAGGCGGAGGGUUUAACUAUCCUCAUUCGGGGCAUCCUAGUCCUCUGCCCCCUUCCACCCCAUUGCAGUUCCUCUCCCAUGAACCCCUGCACCAGGAGCUGUUUGGAGUGCCGUAUCCUCACUUCAUGCCACGGCGAAUCACAGGCAGACGCUACCGCUCUCAGCAGGCCGUACCGCCACCUCCUUACCACCCCAGUCUGCUGCCCUACUUCCUAUCUGUUCUUCCAGUCCAGCCAACAGCAGUGGGUCCUGCCAUUAGCCUAGAGCUGGAUGUAGAUGAUGGAGAGGUUGAGAAUUAUGAGGCUCUGUUAAACCUGGCCGAGCGUCUGGGAGAAGCCAAGCCUAGAGGUUUGACAAAAGCCGAUAUCGAACAGCUGCCUUCCUACAGAUUCAACCCCAGCAACCAUCAGUCUGAGCAGACUUUGUGUGUAGUGUGCAUGUGUGAUUUCGAGUCUCGUCAGCUGUUGAGAGUACUGCCCUGUAAUCACGAAUUCCAUGCCAAGUGUGUCGAUAAAUGGCUUAAGGCUAACAGAACCUGUCCUAUUUGCCGAGCGGAUGCAUCUGAAGUCCAGCGGGAUUCUGAGUGAUGCUGCUCACCAAACACACACUUGCGCAUAAACACACACACACACACACACACACACGCUAAACACUUCUGUCAUUCUCCUGUUACAUUCAGUUAACUUCCACAUGCAUAAUUGCUCCUCGCAAACAGGUGACUGCUGCAAAUGAUUCGUCAAAACUUUAUGCAUUAAAAAUCAUUGUUUGAUAUUCAUCCGCGAAUAUCAGACUAGCUGAGAGAUAAACACACACACAUACACACACACACACUUACACACACAUAUGUCCCUUCGGUUGUUUGAUCACUAAUUCUUUGAGUGGAAGUCCAAAGAUUAUGGUUCAUAUUAUCAUUCUGGUUAUGUUCUGGUUCUGAUAUUGUUUUUCUUUGGUUUCUUUUUUUAAUAUAUAAAUAUAUAUAGUUUAGUUCUCCCCUUUUGGGGGUGGGUGUUGGUAUGUUGCAGUCUUGUGUGAAUGAGUGAGCGUGUAUGUGCACUAACAUUCCCGGCUAUGUGAGCACACUGUGGUGUGGUGGUCUCUUUUUCGAAGGUUAAUGUUGUGAGCAUGGGCUUUUAUAUUUUACCAACAAAUAUAGCUAUAUAUAAAUAUGUAUGUAUGUAUCAAUAUAGAGGGACAAAUUACAAGUUUAAAAAAGAAAAAUAGGAAAAAAAAUGCAAUUAUGGAAGACUGUCUUUCCUAAAAUGGAGGAAAAGAUUGCGAUUCAAACUCUAUACAGAAAAACGGGCUUUUGGGUGGUUCCUGCUCAAUUAUGAUUUAGCAUAGAAUUGGAAAACUGUGAGGUGUGUGUGCGUGCGUGUGUGAUUUUUGUGCGAGAGAGAGUGUGUGUGUAUUAUUAGAGAAUCAGUUGUUUGUUAUUUAUCCCAUAUGUGUGGUACAGAACACUGGCUUUUCACUCUCACUUUUAUUCUCGUCUGGGAUUGGCUGACGAUGCGCACUGACAUGACAUGUGAUUGGUUUAGAGGGCAGUGGAAUAUUUUUGAGUUUCUUAAUAGAUUUAUACUGCUGCAGCCUUAUUUUUUCCAGUUUUGUUUGAAACCCGUCACAUUUUUGCUAUCUUCAAAUUAAAAAAAAUAACCUUUUAUGCCAUUUAUUAGCCAGACCUGCAGAUUGAUCAUGUAGAAAUCACCACUUUUAGCACUUAAAGCUUCAUAGUGUCCAUUUUUUAUGAGUUGGUGGCUGUUGUAUUCACUGUAAAGGGUUAGUUUUGUCCUGAAAUGUAAAUUCUGUCAUCUUUUACUCAUUCUUGUGUUGUUUCAGACCUGUAAGACCUUCAGUCAUGUUUGAAACACAUUAGAAGAUAUUUUUAAUGAAAUAUGAAAGCUUUCAGUUCGUGAAGCGAUCAAAACAAUAAUCCAUACCUGUAAAUAUAAGGUUUUAUUCGAUUUAUUUUAUUUAAUUUUUUUUUGGGAGGGUGGAAUAUGAACAUCAUACAAUAAAUGGAUUUUUAGCUGAUAUUUGCAUAUCGCAUGACACACACAAAUUAACUUCAGUGACUCCAAAUUUGACCAAAUUUUAAUGCUGCAGAAUUGUCUCCUAGAAGAUAUAUUUAAAUAAAUAUGAAAGCUUUCAGUUCUGACAUUUCAAAGUUUAAUUUAAACCAUUCAUAAAGCAAUCAAAACAAAAAUCCAUACCUGAAAAUAUUAAAGUUUUAUUCAUAUUGGAAAUUGUACAAUGUAAGGAUUUUUUUUUAGCUGUUAUUUGCAAAUCGCGUGACACACACAAAUAAAUUUCAGUGGUUCCAAAUUUAACCAAGUUUUAAUGCUGCAAAUUUGUCUCCUGAUCAACGAUUAUAUGCGAAUUAUAUGCGAAUAAAAGUUUAAAUGACCUGAAAUGUAAAUUCCUCUUCAUUUGCUCUCCCUUAUGUUGUUUCGCACUCGUAAGACUUUCAUCUUUGAAACACAAUAGAAGAUAUUUUUAAUGAUAUAUGAAAGCUUUCACUUCUGACAUUUCAAAGUUUGAUUUAAACCAUUUCUGAAGCGAUCAAAACAAUAAUACAAUUUGAAACAAUAAUACAAAUUAUACAAUAAGUGGGUUAUUUUGCUGUUAUUUGCGUAUUGCAUGACACACAAAGUAAUUUCAGUGGUUGCAAAUUUGACCAAAUUUUAAUGCUGCAGAAUUGUCUCCUGAUCAACGUUUAUAUGCGAAUAUAGGUCCAAAUAAUUUCUGCUGAUUGUAUAAAGUGACCGUUUUCUUCGAAGACUUGAAUUAAACCGCUCUAUUCAAAUUAAUAUAAAUGGAUCUCUCAAUGCGUCAGGGUUUUUGAGUAAGCUUUCAAUGGAGGAACAGAAAUCUGCUUGGAUUAAAAUGUCUUUGUGUUCCAAUUAGAAGUUGGAACGAUGGACGUGUCUGUAAAUGAUGACAGGAUUUCAUUUUGGUACAAACUUAACCCUAUGUGUCUUAAAAUAGCGAUUCAUCGUUUUUAAGCCCAAGAUCAGGUAUCAUCUUAGCCUAAGACGAGAUCCAUACACAAGCUAACCUAGUAGAUUACCAGAACUAGCUCCGAUUCAAAAAUUUAAAUCAUUAUUUGAUUUCGCAUGCUUUAAAAUGUAGUAAUCCGAGCGAAAAACGUGUUACAUGCCCAUUCAAAGAGGGGUUAUCAUAUUGUUUGCGAAUUUUUAUUUUUAUUUUUUGCAAACUAAAAAAGGCUAAUACAGAUUGCAAUGUUGUUAGUAUCAUUCCCUAAAGGCUCCUGGUUUUAGUAAACGGUUUCUUGUCAUUUUGUCACUGCCCUCUCUAUACAGUUAGCUUUUUUUUUUUUCCGUACUCAAACUGCCUUCCAGUGCACCCACUCAUACAGCCUCAAUAAGGCUGUUAUAGCCAUUCAUAGCCAUGUGCGUUACUUUAUAAUGAAUGCCUGAGAUGCGUUACGACCCAGAAGGGGGGUGUUUGUUUGUUUGUGUAUGCGUGUAUGAUGGUUUUACGUCCUGCAUUGUUGUCAUUAUGAAUGGAUAUAACUGCCUCUGCUUGGCAUGACGUGGGCUCUAUGACUGGUGUAGAAAGUGUCAUAUACUUGUGUGAUUUUAGUCUCAGAGCCUGCAGUGUCUUAAUGAGAGAUGCCUUUAAACCAUUCUCCAGUGUUGUCCGCUUUAGUGUCAUAAUCGAAUUCAUGACGACCACGAACUUAUGAAUUCUUUAUUCUUUGCAAAAGCAAGCGUGCAUUACUCUUACUUAACCAUCGUCAUUCUGUGUUAUAGGAGGUUUUUUCUUUUGUUUUUCCCUGCUUGGUACAAUAGCAGUUACCUCAGUUUUACUAUUUAUGUUUUUUUUUCUUCUCUUUCUCCGUAUUCUUUUGUUUUGCAGAAACCAAUAAGAGAGCUUAUGAAUUCUCUUGCGUUUGUUUGUUUAUUGGUUGUUUUAAUUCUUACCAUUAAAAUACAAUUGUAUCAUUUAA